AUGGCUGCAGUGUUCAGAGUCAGGACGCCGCUGGCCGAGGGAGGUGAGAAAGGGGCUGGACACAGGGAGUUGAAGCAGGAAUGUGGGAAGCCUCUCGGAACUCAUACUGGAGAGGUGCCCUGUGACUGCGAUGAGUGUGGGAAGGCAUUCAGGGCACAGCACCCACUUGCUGGAAAUCAGAGCACUCCUACUGCUGAGAAACCUUUGAGUGUGAAAAAUGUAGGAAGUUCUUUAGACUUAACUCAAGCCUCAAAGUACAUCACGGAAGUCAUAAUGCGGCUAGAGAGCAGAGUACGAACUGCGGCAACCGGAGUCGUGGCACGACAGGCAUUCAGAAAGUUUCUUCCCCUCUUUGACCAAGUAUUAGCUGAAAGAAGUGCAGCUAAAACUGUAACCAAAGAAGGCAUUAUGUUUCCAAAACAAUCACAAGGAAAAGUAUUGCAAGCAACGGUAGUAGCUGUUGGAUUGGGCUCUAAAGGAAAGGGUGGAGAGUUUCAACCAGCUGGUGUGAAAGUCAGAGAUACAGUUCUUCUCCCAGAAUAUGGAGGCACCAAAGUAGUUCUAGAUGACAAGGAUUAUUUCUUAUUUAGAGAUGGUGACAUUCUUGGAAAAUACGUUGACUAAAAUAAGUCACUACUGAAAUGGCAUCACGU